GAUAUUUAUCAAAGAAAUAGUAUAUAACUAAGAUGCAACUAGCCAGAAAAAUUUCAUUCUAGCAAUCCAAUUAAUGGAUCAUCUCCUUGCUUAUGUGAACUUAUAUGUCACGGCGGGAUUAAUCUUCGCAAUAACAAUCGUCCUAUAUUUCUAUUAUUUUUCGCAGAGAAGGACAUGGAGAGCUUCCGCUAAGCGCAGAUUAGCACCUCAAGCCAAGGGAGCAUGGCCCGUGCUUGGCCACCUUCCGUUGCUAGGAGGAUCCACACCUCCCCAGAUCAUCCUGGGAGCCAUGGCUGACAAGUAUGGUCCCCUUUUUACUAUACGCCUUGGAAUCUAUCCAACUUUGGUGGUGAGCAGUAGUGAAAUGGCUAAGGAAUGCUUUACAAUCCAUGACAUGGCUGCGUCCUCGCGCCCCAAAAUGGCAGCUGUGGAACUCAUGGGAUACAACUAUGCCAUGUUUGGAUUUGCACCCUCCGGACCAUAUUGGCGAGAAGUGCGUAAACUAGCAACCUUGGGGUUGCUCUCCAACCGCCGGAUUCAGUUGCUUAAAGACAUUCGAGUCUCCGAAGUGGCUAGCUUCCUGAAAGAAUUGUACAACACUUGGAGUGCAAGUAGUAAUACAGAUCAUAACCAUGUAGCUUUGGUCGAGUUGAAACAAUGGUUUGGGGACUUGACUCUUAACGUUAUACUUAGAAUGGUAGCUGGAAAACGCUACUCAUUCAUAAGUGAUUCCGCGAAUGAUGAUGAGAAGAAAGAAGCGGGUCGCGUGCAGGAUGCAGUGAGGAAGUUAUUUUACUUUACUGGGGUGUUUUUGGUGGGUGACUUGGUUCCUUACCUUCGGUGGUUGGAUUUAGGUGGUCAUGAAAAGGCCAUGAAAAAAACUGCAAAAGAAAUCGACGCCAUUCUUGGGGAGUGGAUACAAGAGCAUAAGCAAAGGAGAAGAGCAGGUGACACCGGGGAGCAUGACUUCAUGGACGCCAUGCUUACUGUGCUUCAAGGUGAAGACCUUGGCGGUUACGAUGCGGAUACAGUCAACAAAGCCACAUGCUUGGAUUUGAUUUUAGGAGGUAGCGACACCACCAUGGCUACAUUGACAUGGGCAGUAUCACUAUUAUUGAACAAUCGUCAAGUAUUGAAACAAGCUCAAGAUGAAUUGGAUGCAGAAGUCGGCAGAGAAAAAAUUGUGAGCGAGUCGGAUACAAGCAAGCUGGUGUAUAUCCAAGCCAUAGUGAAAGAAACGCUGCGCUUAUACCCUGCAGUACCAUUAUCAGCACAGCAUGAGUUCACGGAGGACUGCACCGUGAAUGGCUAUCACGUCGAAAAGGGGACCCGCUUGAUCACGAACCUUUGGAAGAUUCAAACCAAUCCACGAAUCUGGCCUGACCCAUUAGAAUUCAAACCGGAGAGAUUUCUCACCACUCACAUGAACAUGGAUGUUAGGGGUCAGCAUUUUGAACUAAUCCCUUUCGGAAGUGGUAGAAGAUCUUGUCCUGGGUUAUCGUUUGCUCUUCAGAUGGUACAAUUUACUUUGGCUAGCUUUUUACAUGCAUUCGAAAUCUCAACACCAUCCAAUGAGCUCGUUGAUAUGUCUGAGAGUUUUGGACUCACAAAUGUUAAGGCCACCCCACUUAAAGUUUUCAUCAAACCUCGCUUAUGUACUAAACUUUAUGAAUAAACGAGUUAAGUGAUUACGAGUUGAGCAAA